UGUUCGUUCCUACUACUCCACUCUAACCAAAAAAGGUGAUGACUGUCCAUUCUCCUUCCUGCAUAUGGUAAUAAAACCGUACCCGGUCUCUGCCGUUGCAUGCACACCAAAUGCGGGCAAUGCCAACGUCAUGCUGUGUGUUACAGCUUCUUGCUCGAUUCAAUCAUCAAUCAAUCAUUACUAGGAUACUUGGUUCGUUAACCCAGCAAGGAGUACAACGUGUGCCAUGCCAUCAUCAUAGCCUCUUUGACGACCGAUGAACGAUGGAUAUAUAAACCAGAAUAUACAGUUGUUCUCCCUCCAGCACUAUCGCCUUUGUCUUUUCAACAGCCUAUCGUUAACUCAUUAUUACAUCCUGCUAAAAUGAUCUUCGCCCUCGCUCUGUUCACCACUGCUGUUGCUGUGAAAGGUCUCUCGAUCCCAGGAGUGCGCGAUACACCUGCCAGUUCUACCACAUUGGCAUACAUCGGUUGUGUGGCAGAUGACUCAGUCUCGUCAUUGACCUCUGGCUCUGCUGCCACGAAUGCGGAGGCGCGAGAAUCUUGUGCAAGUACUUGUCUUCAACGAGGGGGCUCACAACUUGCAUACUUCAACCAAGAAGCCCAUUCUUGCGUAUGCGCAGGCGCGGAUCAGUAUCCAAGCUCUGGAGAAAUUGUCUAUGCCGAAGACAACUCGGGAAAUUGUCGUGAUUCAGACGGAGCCUCCGUCGACUAUAUCUUCUCUCCUUACACCCUUUCUCAGUGCUAUCUUACUUUGGACUCAGAGAUUGCACCAAGUUCCAACAUGACCUCCCCUUCUCCGUUAGACUGUCUCAAUACCUGCACCACCGAGUACCUAUCCAUUCGCCCCGAAUAUGACGAGGCGAAUGACCAGUAUGUGUACGAAUGCUCUUGCUGGGAAGAUCAGGUGCAGGGGGGGCAAAACUCCGAUUGUGGUUUCGGUAUUGAAGCUGUAUAUCGCAAGGCUUGAGUUGUAAUGGUAGAUAACAAAUAUUGAAAGUAUAAUUGAUAUCAUAUAAGGGUGUUACUUUUAAUGGCUAAAGCAAGGAGGAAGUCAGUCGGGGGAUUUAGCAAAACCCGCAUGAAUUACUAGUAUAAAGGCUAUGUCUAAGGAUAUAUAUAUUUCAAAUAUGCAUGGCGAAAUCUAAAACGGCUGAAUAA